AUGCAGGUGGUGAAGGAGCAGGUUAUGAGAGCGCUUACAACCAAGCCUAGCUCUCUGGACCAGUUCAAGAGCAAACUGCAGAACCUGAGCUACACCGAGAUCCUGAAAAUCCGCCAGUCUGAGAGGAUGAACCAGGAAGACUUCCAGUCUCGCCCGAUUUUGGAACUAAAGGAGAAGAUUCAGCCAGAAAUCUUAGAGCUGAUCAAACAACAACGCCUGAACCGCCUUGUGGAAGGGACUUGCUUUAGGAAACUCAACGCCCGGCGGAGGCAAGACAAGUUUUGGUAUUGUCGGCUUUCGCCAAAUCACAAGGUCCUACACUAUGGAGACUUGGAAGAAAGUCCUCAGGGAGAAGUGCCCCAUGAUUCCUUGCAGGACAAACUGCCAGUGGCAGAUAUCAAAGCCGUGGUGACGGGAAAGGACUGCCCUCAUAUGAAAGAGAAAGGUGCCCUUAAACAAAACAAGGAGGUGCUUGAACUUGCUUUCUCCAUCUUGUACGACUCAAACUGCCAACUGAACUUCAUCGCUCCUGACAAGCAUGAGUACUGUAUCUGGACAGAUGGGCUGAAUGCACUGCUUGGGAAAGACAUGAUGAGCGAGCUGACUCGGAAUGACCUGGACACCCUGCUCAGCAUGGAAAUCAAGCUCCGCCUCCUGGACCUGGAAAACAUCCAGAUCCCAGAUGCGCCUCCGCCCAUCCCCAAGGAGCCCAGCAACUAUGACUUCGUCUAUGACUGUAACUGAAGUGGCCGGGCUGGACGCGCCUUCUCCAAAACUGGAAAAUCUAGCUAACAGAAGAGAGGAAUAAAAACACGCCCACGCCUUGGAAUCCUCCUUUGGUGAAGGGAAGCUGUGGGUCGACACUCCUUCAGCCUCACCUCUAGCCCUGGCACCUCUCAGCCCUGCCCUGGCAUCUUGCUCACCUCCCUGACUCUGUUUCUAGGCUCCACUGCUUUAGGUCACUUCCCAUUGCUGCACUCCGCUGGUGGGACAAGAGCAAAGCCCACCGCCAGUCAGAGAGCCAAGGAGCCCUGUCAUCCCAGCCCUUAUCCCAGUCCUUCCUUCCCAGAGUAGGGGCCCGCCAGACCCAAGGGAAUGCCCCAAGGCCCGUGUCUGGAGGAAACAGCCUAGCAUCCUCCUUUCCCUUCUCUCUAGGGUCAGCUCACACUUUUAGCUCCAUUCGAAUUGAGAUCUGCAUUCAAGUCUCCUCCCUCCUCCCUCCCCGCCUUGGCCUCACCCUGUUCCUCUUUGUUCCAAGAGCCGCAGCAGCUGCUGCUGCCUUAUAGUAGCCCUCGCCAGCACUGGGUCUCGCAGACACACAGUCCCCAGGUUCCACGCCCACUCUGCAUCUGCACUGUGACCGUCACCAACCUUCCCUCCUCGCUAGCUAGUCUGGGAUUUCCUCUCCCUGCCCCAGGCCAGACCUGCCUUCAUUUCCACACACGCUCCCAGCCUCUUAGCUGAAAGCACAAAUGGUGAAAUAGUAG